CAGACACUAGUAGACUAUUUACAAUAAUUUAUAAUUUUUACUUUAAAUAUAAUUUAAAUUCAAUUAAAGGCCUUUUUUUUUGAACUAAUGUUAUUGCAUAAUCACUUUUAAUAUCAUAAGUAGUGCACAUACACCAUGUCCAGCUAUUGUGUUUUACUGACUGAUACGAAGACAGCAUUCGACGAAGCCGGAAUAGCUUUCAUAGUAUUCGUGUAUUUGUUAUUUACAUUACGUAUUGGGCCGAGAUUUAUGAGAAACAAAAGUCCAUGGGCUCCUGUGGAGGCGAUUUUCUUCUUUAAUAUCAUUAAAUUAGUCCACGCCUGCUUCUUAACUAAAUAUUUCUAUUUCUAUAUUGACAAAAUGGGUAUAUUUCCUCAAGAAUGCCUGGAUCAUGUUCAAAGCAAUAUAGACUGCGUCUACUACCGCCUGAUGCUAGUCAAGAUGCUGGACCUCUGCGACACCAUGUACCUGAUCCUCCGCAAUGAGUUCCACCAGGUGACCUUCAGUCACGUGUACCGCCGGCUCAUGAUGCUGUUCAUCACGUGGGUCUGCCUCAAGUACGACGGCACCUCCGUGCUCUGGGCCUUCGUGGGGAUGGUCCAUUCCGCUCUGCUGGUCCCCAUGUACCUGGCUGAUGCCCUGGUGAUCCUCGGCCCGAGAGCUGCUAGAUUUGCGUGGUGGAGGAAGUACUUUCCCGCUGUUUAUAUGGCGCAAUUCCUCGUCUUCCUCCUGCACACUGGCGCCCUCUCGGUGGAGCUGGGCUGUCCCCGCAGCCGCGCGCUGGUGGGGGCGGUGGCGGCGCACGGGGCCGGGUUCCUCAUGCUGUACUGCCUCUACUGGCGAUACUGCAGGAGGGCGAGGGCGAGGGGAGAGGAUGAGAUAAUAUUAUCGGCCUAAAACCCUUCCUUCAUUGGAAGAAGACUGAUGCCCCAGCAGUGGGGACGUGGUCAUUGUGAUGAUGAUGAUGAUAUUAUAGACCAUGUCAUGAACA